UUUCAUCUCUCUCACAGAGUCUGCAUAAUGAACGCAACUUAAUCUCUUUGGAGCUGCAAUCAAAAAAGAGAGGCAGAGAUUUUAAAAGAGAAUGGUGGACCUCUUCAGAAAGCAGUUGGAUGAGUUGAUGGGUGCUAAUCGCGAUGAACUGACCGAACAUGAUUCUACUUCUUUCACUGAUCCAAAAAACUGUAGAUAUUUCCUGGCUGGAACUUGCCCAUAUGAAGUUCUUCAAAAAACCAAAGCCGAGAUAGGGGUGUGCAAGAACGUCCAUUCCAUUCCAGCCCGUAUUGCCUAUGAGGAAGCUUCGAAAAAAGAGGAUUAUGGAUAUGAAGACAUUUUAGAGCGGAAACUACGGUCUAUUAUUGCGGAGUGUGAUCGGCGUAUUCAAAACGCACAGCGUCGAGUCGACGAGACAGAGAGAGAUAAACUAGAAAGUAAUCCCUACGAAAGAGAAAUUAAAGAGCUGCAAAAGAAGCAUGAAAGUUUGCUAGAAGAAGGGUCGCUUGAUGAGGCUAAUGCUGUACAUGAGGAGUUGAAAGCACUGAGGGCUAAACGUGGACAAGCUAGAGCGCAGCUGGAGCCUACGGAUGAGGCUGGAAAAAUUAUCGCACAACUUGGUGGUUCGCCUCAAUAUCAAGUGUUACGCGCUUGUGAAGUAUGUGGCUCAUUACUGUCUGCAAAAGAGACAAAAAGGCUCGAAGACCAUUUCGUUGGAAAACUGCAUAUGGGGUAUGCUGAGAUCAGAGAAAAAUUGACGAGUCUAGAGAAGAGAGACCGUAAUAGAGUCCGUGCCAAAGAAUAUGAAACAGAAAUUCCAGAUUUACAAGAGUCAUACGGAAGAGGUAGUCGACCAUACUACGAACGAGAAAGAGAUUAUGAUCGUGAUCGGUAUAGAAAAAAAGAAAGGUUUCGUAGCCGUUACGAAAAACGUGAUUAUGAUGACAGAAGAUAUCGUGGAGACUCCAAAGAUUACAGAAGCAGGUACGAUUAUUAGCGCAGGCUUCACAUGAUUUAUUGUUUCCAUUGGCUCUAGGUGGCUGCAGUCCCUUUCUCUUUUCCCCCAGAGAGAGGCAAUUAUCUACUAAAAAAUAGCGACAAAAAAUGCAUCCUUAUUGCGCGAUAUUGAGGUAUUCCUUCCCCAGGAAUACAAGCGUAAGGUAAAAGAAGAAUCAUAUCAUGGUUGAUAAAUAUUAUCGGAUCCUUUUUGGCAAAUUUUUAAGCUCGAGAAGGGAGAAAAAAAAUCACAACAGGAUGCUUACAUAUGCGUGUAUGUGUACCGAUUUGACUUCUUCACUUUUUUCUGCAAAAGAAAGUCUAGUCUGAGCUAGAUGCAUGCACGAGCGUGCAGCUAUUCACCAAUGUUCGAAUAGGUGGUGGUAUACGCGAUAAAAAAAUUGUUUGUAGCAAAUCUCCCAUUGGAUGCGUUGAGACUGAUCGCUGAUUGAAUCACCAUGCAUCCGACAUACGUUAGCAAAUUAAAUCUUAUCGAGUAAAGGCACCGAUAUUGAA